AUGUUAUUUGGGCAGCUGCUGUUUUGCUGCUUGUCUCCUUUUCUCCCCGCCCUUUAUUUGGGGGUUGGUGGCUGCAUAAUAGCAGCAGCAAGUUGCUGCUUCUUGUCUGCUGCAGUGUCUCCUGCUGCUGCUGCUGCUGCUGCUGCUGCUGCUGCAGGCGAGGGCGCGGCUGGGGGCGCGGCCGGCGACGCCGCCGCCGCUGCUGCUGCUGCUGGGGCAGCAGCAGCAGCAGCAGGAGGCGCUGCUGCUGCUGAGGGCCUCGCCUUCCAGCUUUGCUGCUGCUUAGUUGCUGCUGUCUCCUUUUGCUGCUCCUGCCUCCGCAGCAGCUUCUAUUUGCUGCUGGCCCUUUCUAAACCCUGUCUCCGGGGGGCCCCCGCAGCAGGAGUACCCUUGGGGGGCCCCCUUUUGGGUCUUUUUUGUUUAUUUAUUUAUUUUAUUUUGCGUUCUUACAAACCCCUCACAAGAACUGCUGUUGUCCUUGCUGCUGCUGCUCUGCUGCUGCUGGCAGCAGCAGCGCUUUUCCUGCGUGCCCUCCGCAAGGUGCAGCAGCAGCAGCCGCAGCAGCACAAGGCGCAGCAGCAGCAGCAGCAGCAGCAGGUAGGAAUCAAGCUGCUGAUGCUGGCCAACUCGCCAGCUGCUGCUGCAGCAAAGCAGCAGCAGCAACAGCUGCAACUGCAGCAGCAGCAGCAGCAGCAGCAGCAGCAGCAAGAAUCCGACUGGGCCCAGGAAGGCCGCGACGGCCCUCCAGAUGAGACCGCAGCGCUGCUUCACAGCCCUCACUGCCCCCGCAGCAGCAGCAGCAGCAGCAGCAGCAGCAGCAGCAGCAGCAGCAGCAAGGAGUGUUUGGGCCGUUUUGGGGUAUAUCUGUCUGUCUUUGGAGAGUGCCGCAGCUCUUUAAUUUGCUGCUUUCUUUUAUCUCUUUCUACUUAUAUUGUUUAUCCCAUUCAAGUGCAGCGAAUGAGGCCCUGCAGCAGCAGCAGCAGCAGCAGCAGCGGCUGGGGCGGGGGCGUCGACCCUGCGGUGUUUCAGCUGCUGCUGAUUGCUGCUUACCACCUGGGGAUUGUGUCCGGCCGCUGCUGUUCCCGCUGCUGCUGCUGCUGCUGCUCAAUCAGCAGGAAGCUAAGUCCCGCGCUGCUGCUGCUGCGGCUCUCUUUGCCGCUGCUGCUGUGCUGGCUGGAGGCGCUGCCGGGGCGGCUGCUGCCGUGGCUGCGGGCAGCAGCAGCAGCAGCAGCAGCAGGGGUGGGCGGGUCUUCCGCGGGCGCUGCUGCUGCCGCUGCGCAGCAGCAGCAGCUGCUGCUGCUGCUGCCGUGGCAGCAGCAAGCCGAGAAGGCCCUGCUGCUGCUGCUGGACCUCUGCCGCUGCGCUGCUCUCUUCCUUUUUGCUGCUGCUCAUGGGAGACUGUCUCUGUGGGGCCUCAGCAGCACUUUUGAGGGGCCCCGCAGCUACAAAGGAAGUGUUGCUGCUGCUGCUCUUUUUGGCCUUUGUGAAGCAGCAGGAGUUGCUGCAGGCACUGCUGUGUCUCUUUCCGUCUCCCCUGCUGCUGCUGCUGCUGCUGCUGCUCACGACCCCGCAGCAGCAGCAGCAGCAGCAGCGCCCACUGCAGCGGCGCUGCAGCGACUCGCGUAA